CUAAGGAUUACCCAGUGUACCCCGCGGGUAAAGAUGGCGAUAGAAGAGGGUAGGAGAUCAACUUUAUCCGGGAACAAUCGUUGCUGAAUGUCGGGUUGAGAGAGAAUACACCGUUAGUUAGCGAGUGUGUAGUUGCUUAAUGGCUAGCCACCUAUUUCACUGUCAUUUCGUGAGUCCAGACUACGCAACGUGAUCGAAUAAUCGAAUUGUGCCCGUGCACGAGCUUCCUUCCUUGCGACCAAACUGCAGAGUCCGUCCUGAGAAGAGCGGAUAAAGUUUAUUACGGAUCUGACUCAACCCUCUUGACGCUGAUUUUUUUGUUGUUGUUGAUUAUUUGGCGUAACAGUCGGACACUAUCUAAACAGGUUAUCAGUAGCCCAGAGGUUCACAUGCCAAGAGAGAGAGGACGAAGAGGAAACGAAGAGGGGACACACUCAGGGUGAUGAGUCUGGAGCACGCAGCAUAUACUCUUAAAGAAUGCCUGUGACUUAGGAACCUGUGGAUGAGGACAUCGCUGGAAUAACUUGAGAAUAACAGAACGGACAGACAGACAGACGCUGAACGCCAAGGAUGACGAGCGCUGCCCCGGCCAGGAAGCCUUACCGCAAGGCUCCGCCUCAGCACCGCGAGACACGAAACAGCCUGCCCUUGUUUCGAGAGGACCUUAGUGGGAGCACGCCGCCUGCCCACACCGCUGGCCCCAACCUGCCUGACCCCUGCCAGGACUCCUUAUCAGAUGCAGACAGGAUCAAGAUCCUGCAGCAACAGAAUGAAGAUCUGCGCCGGCGGCUCUCCCACACCACCCACAAGAUGGAGGCCAUGGAGACGGAGUUUGAGACCAGCCGCCACUACAUGCGGGAGGAAAUGGGUCGUACCCGCGACGACCUGGAGAAGAUGAGAGACAAGUUCCGCAGACUGCAGAACAGCUACACUGCCUCCCAGCGGGCCAACCAAGACCUGGAGGAGAAGCUUCAUGCCCUGCUCCGUAAAGUGGAGAGGGACAAGAAGACAAUGGACCAGGAGAUAGUGGAGCUCACCAACAAACUCCUGGACGCCAAGAACACCAUCGACAAGCUGGAGGAGUUGAACGAGCGCUAUCGGCAAGAUUGCAAUUUGGCCGUGCAGCUGUUGAAGUGCAAUAAGUCCCAUUUCAGAAACCACAAGUUUGCAGAUCUGCCCUAUGAGCUGCAGGACAUGGUGAACAAGCACAUGAAGGCCAGUCUGCCGGAUAAGAGUUCCCAGGGGGCCCAGGGCCAGGACUCCGACACCAUGAGCCUGACGCCCGCCGACGUGGUGCCCACCUCAGUCAUUGCCCGCAUCCUGGAGAAGCCUGAGCCUCUGGUGCUCAACUCUGCCCAGUCCAGCAGCAGUGCAGGCCGGCCCCAGGCAGAGGACGUGUUUGUGCAUGUGGACAUGACUGGGCCCCAGGCAGGAGGAGGGGGUAGAGAGAACGGGGGUCCCGGUCACAGCAGCAGGGCCCCAGCCCAGAGCAGCCAGGCCCAGGAGCUCCUCCAGCAGAACGGCAUGUGUCGGAGCCAGAGCAGCCUGUCAGCAGACGGCCAAUCAGGAGAGGAGGGUAGAGAGGGUGGUGCCUUCGAGAAGCUCAACCCCUACCCAGCCCCCCCUCCGCCCCACCCCCCCUAUCCCGGCCGCAAGGUGAUCGAGUUCUCCUCGGACGACAAGGUGAAGAUCCCCAAGAACAGCCCCCUGCCCAACUGCACCUACGCAACACGCCAGGCCAUCUCCCUCAGCCUGGUGCAGAACGACGAGGAGAACGAGCGCCAGCGCACCGUGCCAAACAGCCCCGCUGUGUCGGACGGGGGCUGGCGAUCUGGGACGUCCUCCUCCUCAGGGGGAGGGGGGCAGCGUGACCGCUGCCGCACCCCUACUCAGCUGGACACAGCAGACCCUCUCUCCAACCAGUCCAGCCCCUUCAGCAGCCCCCCUCAGCCCCCCAGCGCCUUUGCCAGCUCAGGUAGCUCCGAGGAGGACCUGCUGGCCAACUGGCAGCGCAUGUUUGUGGAGAAGAUGGCACCAUCCUCUGAGGGCACCCUGGUCAACCGCACCUCCUUCAGCAGCGAGACGGUCAAGGACCUGGAGAGGACCCGGACCGGCAAGCCAGUGGGCGGGGGUUCCGACAGGGGGGCACUACGGGGGGCCUACUCGGACGGGGAGGAGGGGUCCUCCACCCGCAGCUGGACAGCAAGCCGAGAGUCCAGCCUGGACACUGACACCAGCAGCAUGGCUGACCUCCGCACCAGGAGGGGGCAUUAUGGAGCAGACUUCUCCACAGAGGAAAGCGAGCAGCUGCUGAUGGCCCUGGACCCACUGGACAACGACCGAGACAACACCAGUGGCGACACCGUGUCAACGGCCAUCACUGUGGAGACCAGCCCGGCGGAGGCCAAUAGGAAUGAUUUUGUGGACGAGACUGGGUCUGUAGGCAGCUCUGCAGAGGAGAGAGACAUCCUGCCACAGGACUUCCCCAUCAAAGCCCCCCGGGUCCUGGCAGGGCUAGAGGACUACACAAAGAACACCCCUCCCCUUCCCGCAAACUCCUCCACUUCCACCCCCGGCCGACCCCUGAAGAGCCCAAAGAGGAUGGGAGUCCACCACCUGCACCGCAAAGACAGCCUGACCCGGGCACAGGAGCAUGGUAACCUGCUGGACUGAGACUAGGGGACUUUACUGCUCUCACUUCAUCGGUCAUCUGACAGACUAACUCUUCAAUGGUCUGUGGACUCUUUAUCUUACCAGAAAAGAGAGAUGAUUUGUGUUGGUCCUUCCUUUGUCCGUGCUGCUGUCUCUCAUGAGUUUAGUCAGGAAAUACACACAUUCUCUAGUAACCACAUUCAAGAGCUGACUGUUCUUUAAAAGAUAUGUGCGAUGCCUGGCUGCCGGUUGAAUGGUAAAGUUUGAAGUGUUCUUUCCCACUGUAAACCUGCAAUCUCCUCCAGUAGCAGAACAAAGGGUCCUACAGGGGUUUCUGAAUUAGGUUAGUUUUCUGUCUCUCAAACACUCCAAAACUGUUGCAGAGAGGAGAAUGGUGACUACAGGAGAUGCAGGGUCAUUUCCUGUGUGUAAACAUCCAGCCAGUGUGUGUUCUCAUGGAACAGCCCAGAUGGUGCAACGUUUCAUCUCGUCUCUUGAGAUGCUCGGCGAUAUGCAGGAUGGAGGGAGUUGUUGCCUUCUCCCUUGUUGGUUCUCUCUCACCCUGGAUCCCCCCUCCCCCCUAGAGAAAUGAUAUGUCAUGCAGGAAUCUGAUAACAGGAGAACUUUACCUCCAUCUCUGAAUGGACGAAUGGUGAAGAGGGCAAGCACUUGCAAGCGCAUGCUGUUGUCUGGUGUGAGUGGAUGGUGGAACGGACCCCCACACAGACUCUCAGUGCCUAUCCCUCUCUGUCUGAGGGGGUUUCUAACCCCACAAUUCCCAGAAAAGAUCUAUUCUGAUGCCCCUCUGAAGCACCUGAAGUGUGCAGCAGUCUGAGGACCCACUCUUAAGGACUCUCUUCUCUGUAAUUGGUCAACUAAACAAGAACUAGGAAGGUCACCCUCAAUGAAUUCCUGAAAUUGUCGGUCUCACUCAAGUUUAUUUUCUCAAUAACACAUUAGUUUUCAUUGAUUUGUCUUUCUAUUAUCGUAAUUGUUACCUUUUUUUAUUUCUUCAAAUCGCUUCUUCAUUCAAAUCAUUUUGAUUUUGACAUUUAGAUUUUUAUGCAACUAUUAUGGCGUUAAUGGUCGAGAACAGUCAAAGUAUUUCUACUCUUUCACUUUUGUUCUGUUAUUGAUCUGUCAUUGGAUUUAGUCAUCUGUAUUUUCAUUUCAAGAAACAAACAGGCCUAUAGUUCUAUUGUUAACUCUGGUACUUCACAUGGGGUUUUACAAAGGAAGACCUAAAUGGCAUGGAACACGGUGUUUUUCAGAAGAACCACGACAACCUUCAAGGUAUUUUUGUGGAUGUGUUUUGGAAAUAUUCACUAGGCC